AUGGUUUUAUUGGUGGAGAAAAAAGUCCCUCAAUUGGCAAAGGUUAAGCUGCUGCUCAUUCAAGUGAAGGAAGAAGAGGGAGUGGACAAGAAAGAGUUACUGCAGCUAUGGCAACAGCUGACCAAACUGCUCUCAGACUGCCUCAAUGGGGAAGAGCAGGACAAUGAAAUUCAACAACAUAUAAUCACUGCAUUUGAAAAGGCCAUGGUUCUCAUGGACCCUGUCCCAGGAGAGGAACACAAGAAGAUGUCAGCUGACUAUGUCAAAUGUCUUUCUAAACUGCCACAGGAAGAACCCAAAAUGAAAGAGGCAUGUGAGUCCAUGCUCUCGCUCUACCCAAACCAAAGCUAUCCUCUUGAGGUGCUUUGUUCUCAUUACCUCAAAACAGGUGUUCAGGAUGAGGGUGCAGUCAGCUGUUUCUCCCGGCUCCUGGAUGUGGCCCCUAACAGUGGAAUAGGUCACCUGGGUCUGGGCACCAAAGCACUGCAAGAAGGGAGGUUUAAAGAUGCCAUCAGGGACCUUUCACAAGUUUCGUCAGGUCUUGAGAACUUCGCUCUGGCUCAACACUGCUUCAUCAAGUCCAUUCAAGUUGAACCAAAUAAUGUUGUUGCUUGGACCAACCUUGGCACCCUGUAUUUAAAGAAAGACAAUAAAGAGCUGGCUCACGAGGCCUUCAAGAUUGCCCAGUCCCUGGAGCCGCUUUACGUCAACUGCUGGAUCGGACAGGCGCUGAUAGCAGAGAGAGUGGGAAGCUUUGACACCAUGGAUCUCUUCAGACACACCACUGAACUCAGCACUCAUAUGGAGGGAGUGAAGGGUUAUGCUUACUGGGUAUGUUCCACCCUGCUGGACAAGAGCAACAGAGACUCGACACUGUACCGCUACAACAUAGUCCAGAUGAACGCCGUCUCUGCUGCUCAGGUGGCUCUCAGCAAGUACACAGAGAGGAUCCAGUCCGACCCCGAUGCCUUCAUUAUGCUCGGCUACCUGAAUGAGCAUCUGCAGCUGAAGAGGCAGGCCGUGCAGGCUUACAAAAGAGCUGUUGAACUUCUCCAGUCCACGUCCUCUGAAGAAGCGCUGGCCUUUGCUCUGGGCAGCUAUGGCCGUGCAUUGUGCACCUCAGGGCAGUCGGAGGAGGCGGUGCGUGUUUAUAGCUCCACCCCCCUGCAGGAGCUCAGUGAUCUGGCUGGUCUGGCUCUGUCCUCCUGCAGGGCCGGACUCAUCCCAGAGAGCAUCAGCGCCUAUGAACGUGCCUCGGCUGUGGCUUCCAGUGAGAAGGAGAAGGCGUACAUCCUGACAGCUCUGGCGCUGCUUCAGCACCGGCUGGGGAACCUGGACUCAGCCAAGACUCUGCUGUUUAAAUGCUCGAUGCUGAAGGAGCCAAUCCCGGAGUCUCUGCUGUGUUUAUGUGCGCUGGGAUUGGUCCAAAGUGAUGCUACGCUGAGUGCUGCUGCGCUGACGGAGCUGCUGAAGCAGGGUCCAGCCUCUGGGAGUGUGAUCGAGCAGCGGUGUCUGCUCACCUGCGCCCUGCUCGCCCUGCAGGGGAACUACAGCGCCGUGCAACGAGAGGCUUCCAGAGCUGUGCACAGCAAUCCUGGAAACCCGUCUCUGUGGGCCCUGCUGUCCAGACUGGUUCCACAAUACUACCCAAGGAAGGCAAAUGGUGGAGCGAUGGCUGGUCAUGUUGCCUGUCUCUCCAGUAUGACCCUAGGAAAGAGAGCGUUGUUGUACAGUGGAGUGAACCAGCUGGCUAAUGGGAAACACUCUGGAGAGGACAAACACAGGAAUGCACUGAAGACUAUGCAGAGAGCUGUGAUGCUUUGUCCUGAUGAUCCAGCCACGUGGGCGGGAUUAAUGGCUGCCUGUCACACAGAAAACACUUCCUGUUACCUUUCAGGUUCUGCUCCUUGCAGACGAGGACUAGAGCAAACCCUCAUGUCAGUGGUUUCAGAGAAAGUGCAUAAUGUGGAGGAGAUCGAGCGCCCUCUUGCACAGACUCUGGAAGGCUGGGUGCUACAACAAGCAGUGACUGGUCUCAUGCUGGGAGGACAGCUGGAGCAGGCAGAAGCCCUCUGCACACAGGUGCUGAGUGCUUCUCCAGAGCACCCGGCAGUGAUGCUGUCCCUGAGACAGGUGCAGUGUCAGCGCCUCCUUUUGGCCGGUGGUGGUACUGUCCUGCCAGACUCCGUGCUGGAGCAACUAAAAAACACAGUGAUGAUGAACCCCACAAACCUUGGGGGCUGGCAUUGGCUGGCCGAGGUGUAUCGUAGCCAGGGUCUGCUCCCCCAGGCGGUCAUGGCCUACAGGCAGAGUCUGCAGAUCUCCUCACAGCUCGGCCUGCACAUCAGCCAGAUUUCCUCUCUGCUGCGACUUGCCCUGCUGGCCCUGGGACCCUCGAUGGCGGGUGUCCCAGGGAACGACUGGACCAACAUGAUCGUGGAAGCCACCGCUGAAGUGUUGAAGCUGGGCUCCUCCUCUGUGGCCCUCCUGUUCCAGGCCCUGCUCCAUUUUGUGACCAAGAUGGCUGCUAGGGAAACCAGGCGUUUGUUGGAGAGGCUGGUGUACUCUCAGGACGUCCCAGUGACGGUGGUGCAGGUGGCCAGCUGGUACCUCCUCAGACACUUGCAUAGCAAAAACGACCAGGAGCUAAUAAAUGUCCUUUUCCAAUAUGCCAAAAUCAACAGAGAUCAGAGACUGCUCGACUUUCAUUCACUGCUUUCCUCUUCGUCAGCUUGAGUUGUGCAAUUCUGCAACGUGUCACUAUGAAAUCAUGUAGCUCAGCAGGGUUCCUUUACAGGCUGAAAUAAUCAAAAUGUAGCAUUAUCUUCUGGGUCUCUUCAAUACAUAUGAAAUCAUAUCAAAAUCAAAAUGUUGUGUCAGAUAUAACAAUGUUUAUUGUCUUUACAUGGUUCUUUGGUUUAACACUAUACAGUGUUCAGGAUAUCAAAUACAUUCAGCAAAAAUCAUGAUCUUUAUCGCAUAUUACUUCAAAAUGAACUGAUGUCCAUGUUCAGAUUGAAAUAAAGGCUUCUUGCUUGAACUAAA